AUGUUGGGAAAUUCUCGCAAGUGGAUAAUUGUGGUGGUCACCAUAUGGCUGCAGGCCUUCACCGGCACCAACUUCGAUUUCUCGCAGUACUCCUCCGCCAUGAAAUCCGCCCUCAACAUAUCGCAGAUGCAGCUCAACAACCUAGCCACCGCCAACGACAUGGGCAAGCUCUUUGGCUGGUCCUCCGGCUUUGCCCUCAUGUACUUCCCUCUUCCUGCCGUCAUGUUCAUCGCCGCUGCCAUGGGCUUUGUCAGCUACGGCCUCCAGUGGCUCCUUCUCCAAGGCUUCAUCCACCUCCCUUAUUUUCUGGUGUUCGUUGUGAGUGUGUUAGGAGGGGUGAGCAUAUGUUGGUUCAACACAGUGUGCUUUGUUCUGUGCAUAAGGAGCUUCCCCGUGAAGAGAGCACUGGCACUGUCCCUCACUGUCAGCUUCAAUGGUGUGAGCGGGGCACUCUACACGCUGGCCGCCAAUUCAAUAGACCCUUCAUCUCCUACUCUCUAUCUGCUUCUCAAUGCCCUUCUUCCCCUUCUCGUCUCCUUCGCCGCCGCCUUCUUCGCCCCAAUUAUGCCCCACUCUCCUGCUCAUCAUGAUCACUCUAACAGUAACAGUCGCGACUCCAUCAUGUUCCUGGUACUCAACUUGCUGGCCACUCUCACUGGCCUCUACCUCCUCCUCUUUGCCUCCCAUGCAUCCGCGGGGGACGUGGCAUCCAACAGGCUCUUCUUGGGGGGCGCCAUUUUCCUUCUUCUCUUGCCCUUAUUCGUUGCUUAUGCCAGCUCAUGGUCUCGUCCAGCAGUUCAUGAUGACGACCUCGAGCUGCAUAAGGAACUCAUCAUUAGCUGCAAGAGGAUGCUGGAAGAAGAGCAGUGUGGCAGCGCCGUUCUUGGAAGGCUGGAUUUCUGGCUCUACUAUGUUACCUACAUUUGCGGAGGAACUAUUGGGCUUGUGUAUAGCAAUAAUCUGGGACAGAUUGCGGAGUCAGUGGGCACGAGUUGUGAGAUUUCUACACUUGUGAUGGUGUAUGCCUCCUUUUCCUUCUUCGGUCGCUUGCUUUCGGCUCUACCCGACUAUAUUGGUAGCAAAUUGUACUUUGCAAGGACUGGUUGGCUAUGCAUUGCACUAAUACCCACCCCGGUUGCAUUCACAUUCAUGGCGCUAUCACAAACUCCCCUCGCACUCCCCAUAGGCACGGCGUUGAUAGGCUUCAGUUCCGGAUUCAUAUUCGCUGCUGCCGUCUCCGUCACGUCGGAACUCUUUGGUCCCAACAGUGUUGCCGUCAAUCACAACCUUCUCAUAACAAACAUCCCAAUUGGAUCCCUGGUCUACGGCUUCCUGUCCGCCUUACUCUACGACGCCAACACAAAUUCCGGCGUGUGCAUUGGCAGGCAGUGCUACUUCUGGACUUUUGUGUGCUGGGCUUGCACGGCUGUCCUCGGACUGCUUUCUAGUCUCCUCUUGUUCUUCAGAACCAAACAUGCAUACCAAUUACAUGAUGGUUUUGUAAGAGGAUGA